AUGUCUUCGACAAACUCGACCCGAAAUCUUGGCGGAGAUGAGCUGCAACUGGUGCUCACGAACAUCAUAUCGAUCUUGUCGACAAGCGUCAACAUUGUCGGCGUCUACGUAAUCAUCGCAUCGCCGUCUCAAGACACGUGGAACUUCAAGUACAGCCAACUAUUGUAUCAUCUCGUUUUGUACCUCUGUCAAGUGUACGUCGGUACCGUACUCAACGCAGUCUUCCUACUUCCGCUUCCUGGCAUCUAUUGUAUCGGUUGGUUGAAAGAGGUGUCCGAUGAGUACGUGGCUCCGUGCUUGGUGAGUUGGGUUUCACAGUGAUUCUGGCUUGAACUUUUUUGGUCUCUUUCAGUUCAUAUUCUACUUUCUGCUCUCGUUCCAAGCCGAACUUCUGACCAUUCUGCUCACCGUCAAACUCUGCUCCGUCGCCAGACCCGAUUCCCGCUUCAAGCUGCCGGCCCUUCUACAAAAUGCGCUCGUGCUCGCUUUUCUACUCCUCAACGCCGUUCCUCAUUCGCUCCUCUUUCUCAUUUCCAACUCUUCGCACUCUGACAAUAUCGCAUUUGUUCUCAAAAGCUAUCCCGAACACGCGUACCUUCUGCGCUACCCGUUCCUGUGGAUGGUCAAGUCGAACAAACUGUAUUUGUGUUUCGCAAUUUGCGUUGCCGUUUCUUCCGGACUCAUCAUCUUGACAAUUGCAAUCGCGUACAUUUUGGUCGUCUACGAGCUGGAACUACAGCUGAUGUCGAUGAGUAAGAAAGUGGCAGCUGCGCAUAAGCAGUUUGUCGAUGAGCUCAUUUUGCACGUGGGUAAAAAUAGGUAGUACGAUGAAAAAUAUGAUUGAGUUCAGAGUAAAAUAGUGCUUGCCUUCUUUCUCCCAUUUAUUGCCACUUUUCUUAUCAAAGCUUUUGUCAAGUCUGAUGUCGAUGUUUCCGGUGAGUUCGUAUGCGUUCAGUGAAUGCUCAUCGAGUUCCAUGUAACGUAAAACCACUUUUUGAUGUCUCCUAUAACAGUUUUACGCGAUGUAUCUUUACAUUUACUGAUUGUGAGUUUGACCAGUAUACGGUCUCCAGAGCUGACAAUAUGGGCGUGGCCUCGGCCAAAUGGCGUUUUCAUGAAUUGAGCAGGUUUUCUCUGAUUUUUGUGGUCAAAGGCGAUGAUAAGUUAUUGUUCGACAUGAAAAUACACUAAUUCUCAGAAUAAAUGACGUUUUGGCGUACGUACUACAUAUUUUCGUAUUUCAGUUCCUGUAGCCAUAAGCUUCUGUAUAUUCAUAAGUGUUCCCAUUCCCACAAUGCUCGUUUUCCUCUGGAGAAACCCUGCCUAUCGUGAAGGACUACUGGAACUAAUACGACUGGCGCCACGAGUUCGCAACCGGAACCGAACAGUUGUACGUGUUAGCUCUGUUAAUACCAGCCGAAUCUCGUUCUGACAAGUGAUGAGUUUCGGAAGUACUCUUUGUGAAUAUGACUAAACGAAUGAAUGAAUCAAUGAAAUUCUUCUUUCUCGUCGUUUCAGUGAAGCUGCUUUAAAACAAGGCUAGAACUCAAGAAUAAGUAAUUUUGGAAUAACAUUUAGCGCAAAAUCUAAUAAAUUUUUCAGUUGCGAAACGUCUCGGUGCUCUCGUGUUGUCGCUCUUCCACCCAGUCGCCCGCCAUUCGUAAACUGUUGUCGUUGGGCACUUCUCUGCCAUCCUCCGUCUCAAUUCUCCCCCCACUCUCGGCCUUCCCGCUUCUCAUCUGUCUCAGUUUCUCUCAACUUGUUUGUUGUUUUCCCAUUCUUCUCCAAUCGAUCCUGUUACUUUUGUCUUCCGUCCCGAAACCCACAAUUACUGCAAGUGGGUGGGUGGGUCGAGUCACGAGACUGGUCCCAAAAAAAAACGAAGAAGAGGAAAGCGGACCCUCGAAAAUGAAAUGCGCGUGUUGUUGUUCGAUGCACUCAAAGCAUGACCCGUCUGCGCUUCCGUUGCUAUACAAUCUGUCGUCGUUUUCGUUUCGGUUUUUUGGUCUCCUCUCAGCGAAUCUCUUUCGCCCGCCACUGACCCCACUUCCCCAUGCCACUGCCACUAAAAUGCGGUGAAGAAGAAUGAAAGUGUUGUCUGUUUACCGUGUUUCUUGCGCUUUCCUCUGAUCAAACACAAGUACUGAAGAUUGUGAGUGGAAUGGCACGUACAGUAGUUACACUAAAAGUCAAAAAUAAAUCUGUAAAAUCUACGCGAUUUUGAUCCGGAAAAUUACGUAUUUCAGCUGGUAAAUCCUGUUCCCAGCAUGCGUCUUUAAAUUAUUUCAGCUCCCUCCGAAAACACUGUUUUUUGCGGGUGUUUAAUUUAUUCAAAGGCGCAUGCCGGGUCUCGCAACGAACGGAAUUUACGAACAUUUUUCCAGUUUUUGGCUGAUCUAAUAAUGCGAACAUUGGCUCAUGAGCACAAAAUCGUUCAGAUUUUACAGAUUUUUUGCGAAUUUUUUGACGAGCAAAACUUCGAAUUACCUUUCAGUAGGCUGUUGUGUUCUUUAUUAGGCUGGCGCUUGGUCACCCUUUUUUCACCUUGUGUUUUGCGAAUGCGAAUUCUUCGAAAAAACCUGUUUUUUCCAACAAAAUAUAGAAAAAAAACUUGUUUUUUUCCGACGGAAUAAACCCGGAAAUUGAAUCCAUCUUGUUACCCGUUUCUUUCACUUAAUUUCAACCCAAACACCUCUCAAUUCACUCAUUUUCAGCCCGAAAUGAGGGGGCUUCAACUCUUCCUCCUCAUUUUUCCAUUGCUCACUUUCGCCGAAGAAUGGGACGCCUACAACUUUCCGAAUCCCACCGCCGGACAGUUUCAACAGUAAGUCAUGGGUUUUGCGGUUAAACUGUUCAAUUUUCAUUUUUAUUUUUCAGAUGCAAAAUGCGAACGACGGCAAACAUCUGUGACCCAGACGAAGUGCUCAGCGAGCAGUCCCGAUACCGUCUCGAUCAUGACCUGAAGCAGCUGGAGUCGCGAACACGUCAGGAUUACGGCAAAACGUUCUGUGACAAGAAAGGAGUGACUGCGGCGAUGGCGGUGGCGAGGCACGUGAAGGGUGGCACGACGGAGGCCGUGGAAGCAAUGGCGAACGACAUGCUCCGCAAGUGGACGCUCGAUCCGCAGUGCAAGAAGGCCGUCGUCAUCGUGGUCUCCACCGACGACAUGAAGUUCUGGGUGGCACGCGACGACAAAGUGCCGGUCUACGCCGACGAAUUCACUCAAAUCUUCAUGCAGCAGAAGGCUCACUUUCAGCAGAAGAACUAUCAGCAGGCGCUGACGAAUAUUAUGCAAGCCACGUGGGAAAAGGCGCUCUCGAAGCAGGGAUCUCCGCGCCAACCGAGUCGCGGCGGGAAUCAAGGACCGGGAGCUGGUGGUGGUGGACAGCCGAACUUUGGCGGUGGCGGUGGCGGCAAAUCGGGCGGCGGCGGCUUCAAAAUGCCCUCGAUUCCCGGCUGGUUCUGGCUUUUCCUUGUCGGAAUCGUCAUUCCGCUCCUCUGUUGUUGCUGCUGCAUCUACUGCUGCUGCUGUCGCGGAAAGGGCGGCGGCGGUGCGGCCAACAAUCCGCAGAGACUUCCCACUGAUCGUGAGUCCCUAUCAGGAUCCUCUCCAAUUCCGCAUUUUUUUUCCAGCUCAAGGUGGCGGUGGUUAUCCACAGCCUGCUCCUCAAGGUGGAGGUGGAGGACGUAGCAUGUUCUCGAACAUUCUUUCUUCGGGCGGUGGCGCCGCAGCCGGAUCGAUGAUCAGCCGAUUCCUCUCGAAUCGUGGACGUGGCGGCGGUGGCGGCGGAGGUCAGUCCGAAGCGUUUUGCUCUGAAAAAAAACGUGUCAAUUUGCAGGAAUGGAGAUGGGCGGCGGAAACCGUGGCUACGGAUUCCAGGGCGGAAAUCAGGGACAGGACGCCGGUCCCGUGUACGACGACAAUCAGGGACAGGGCGGCGGCGGACUGUAUCCAUCGCGAGAAGUCAAGGACCGCGGAGGCGGCGGCAGCUGGGCCUGA